AUAAAACUUGGCUUUGGCCCUUCCAUUCUCUGUUCAAUAUAGUCUCAUUUUCCAUCUUCUUUUAAAAAUUCCGCGCCACGGCAGAGUCCAUUUUUGCCCUGCAAGUUUCGUCGACUCAGCAAUCUCCUCUUACCCACUCACCGAGUCGAGUCACACUCCUCGUUAGUCUAUCCAUAAACAUUUAACAGGUUUGAACUGUAAAAGGGGGGAAUUGCUGCAUCAGGCAUGGCCGACUUAUCGAGGGAGGAGAUUAGCAAUACACUUCGAGUACUUGUUGCUACGGAUUGCCAUUUGGGCUAUAUGGAGAAGGAUGAAGUACGGCGUCACGAUUCAUUCCAGGCAUUUGAAGAGAUAUGCUCAAUAGCUGUACAAAAGCAGGUGGAUUUUGUGCUUCUAGGUGGUGAUCUUUUCCAUGAGAAUAAGCCUUCAAGGACAACACUAGUUAAGGCCAUUGAGAUUCUUCGUCGUCACUGCCUCAAUGAUCGGCCAAUACAGUUCCAAGUUGUUAGUGACCAGACUGUGAAUUUUCCAAACACAUUUGGUCAUGUAAAUUAUGAAGAUCCACACUACAAUGUUGGCUUGCCUGUAUUCAGUAUUCAUGGAAACCAUGAUGAUCCUGCUGGAGUGGAUAACCUUUCCGCAGUUGAUAUUCUCUCAGCGUGCAAUCUUGUGAACUAUUUUGGGAAAAUGGUUCUUGGGGGUUCUGGUGUUGGUCAGAUCACCCUUAAUCCUAUUCUUAUUAAGAAGGGAUCGACAGCAGUAGCUUUGUAUGGUCUUGGUAAUAUCCGGGAUGAGAGGCUUAAUAGAAUGUUUCAGACUCCGCAUGCUGUACAAUGGAUGAGGCCUGAAUCUCAAGAGGGUUGUCAAGUGUCAGACUGGUUUAACAUUCUUGUGCUUCAUCAAAACAGAGUAAAGACAAACCCUAAAAAUGCAAUCAAUGAACACUUUUUGCCACGCUUCCUAGACUUCAUUGUUUGGGGCCACGAACAUGAAUGUCUUGUCGACCCUCAGGAGGUCCCAGGAAUGGGAUUUCACAUUACACAACCUGGUUCGUCAGUUGCCACAUCACUGAUUGAUGGAGAAUCAAAGCCAAAACACGUGCUUCUGUUAGAGAUCAAGGGGAAUCAAUAUCGUCCGACCAAGAUACCCUUGACAUCAGUGAGACCUUUCGAGUAUACAGAGGUUGUAUUGAAGGACGAAUCUGAUAUUGAUCCCAAUGAUCAAAAUUCUAUUCUUGAACACUUGGAUGCAGUGGUUAGAAAUCUGAUAGAAAAAUCCAGGAAAAAGGCUGCUAAUAGCUUGGAGUUUAUACUUCCACUAAUCCGAAUAAAGGUAGACUACUCUGGAUUUAUGACAAUAAAUCCUCAAAGAUUUGGUCAGAAGUAUGUAGGAAAGGUUGCAAAUCCUCAAGACAUCCUUAUAUUUUCAAAGGCUUCAAAAAGGGGUCAAGGUGGUGCUAAAAUUGGUGAUUCUGACCGACUUCGCCCAGAAGAGCUUAAUCAACAAAACAUAGAGGCUUUAGUUGCCGAAAAUAAUCUGAAAAUGGAGAUUCUUCCCGUCGAUGACUUGGAUGUUGCAUUACACAAUUUUGUUAAUAAGGAUGACAAAAUGGCUUUCUACUCUUGCCUGCUGUACAAUCUUGAGGAAACACGAAAUAAAAUUGCCAGGGAUUCUGAUAUCCUGAAAUUUGAAGAGGAAGAUUUAAUUCUAAAAGUUGGUGAAUGCAUGGAGGAGCGUGUCAAGGAGAGGUCUACACGCCCCAAGGAUAGUGCACAGCUCACCUCAGAUUUACAAUCCUCGGAGGAUUUUAGAAGUAAAAGUGGUGCAGGAGCUGGAAGCACUGUUUCCUUUAGUGAUGAUGAAGACACAACACAGUUAUCUGGUAUAAAGCAUACAGCAAGAGGUCGGAAGGGGUCUUCUAGCCUAUCUGGUGUUGCUUCUGAACUGGAUAUAGGGAAAACCUCCACAAGAGGAAAGGGUAGGGGUAGGGGUAGGGGAAGGGGUAGGGCUUCCAGUAACUUGAAGCAGACAACUCUUGAUGCAACUCUUGGAUUUCGCCAAUCUCAGAGAUCUGCCUCAGCUGCUGCAACUGCUGCAGUUCAAAAUAUUGUCGUUGAUGAGACUAAUGUGGAUUCUGCCUCAAGUGAAGAUGUGGGGAAACUUGAUGUUGAUGAGAUUGAUGAAAGUUCGGAAAAUGAAGAUGUCCAAGGAAAAGGACGCAAAAGGGCUGCUCCAAGAGGAAGAGGCAGAGGUUCUUCACAAUCCUCUAAGCGGGGAAAGAAAUCAGAAAACUCUGCAUUGCAUCGAAUGCUUAUGAGCAAGGAUGACGACGACGACGAAGAGGAUAAUGUUGCAAAGAGAUUUAACAAGUCUCAACCUCGGGUAACAAGAAAUUACGGGGCUCUAAGACGGUAACUGGUGUUUAGGUGCACCAUACCUACAUGACCUUGUACAAAAUGGUUGUAGGAACACAGCAAGAAGAAAAUCUAUGAACACCCCAUGCUUUCCCAAGGCUUGUGCUCAAAUUUUUGUACAACCUUGUGCAGCUGAAACUUUUGGUAUAGUUUUUAUAAUGGUAGUCGUUAGAGAUCUUAUUUAAAUAGCGAGACAAAUUGGUAUGUCUGAGCUUUGGUUUUCAAGUUCAACUGUCUUAAUGACCCGCUAAUUAUGAGUAAUGCCAUACCUUAUGACAAAUAAUCUUGAAGAAAAAUAACUUGAUUAACUUAGCAUUAUAUUACUUGUUAAUUUUAACUGCCAUCUAAAAUACAUUACGAUAUGAAGUUAGAUUUCAAAAUAUAUUGUGAUAUUUAUUUA